AUGGGAGUGGAAUUGCAUCUUCCAGCAGUUGCCAGCACCUUGCUCCCUGUGACCCUCUGCAUUUUGACCCUUCUGCCUCACAGCCUUCUGGGUAAGCCUGCAGGGGAGGACAACGCAGGCAGCUCAGCACUGCUCCAGAGGGUGAAACGAGGCUGGGUGUGGAACCAGUUCUUUGUCCUGGAGGAGUACACUGGACUGGAACCACUUUAUAUUGGAAAGCUUCACUCAGACAUGGAUAAAGGCGACGGCUCCAUUAAGUACAUCCUGACGGGCGAGGGAGCUGGCACCACCUUCACCAUUGAUGACGGCACGGGGGACAUCCACGCCAUCCAGAGGCUCGACCGGGAGGUGAAGGCCCAGUACAUCCUCCGCGCCCAGGCCCGCAACCGCCUGACAGACAGGCCUCUGGAGCCUGAGUCCGAGUUCAUCGUCAAGAUCCAGGACAUCAACGACAACGAGCCGAAGUUCCUUGACGGACCCUACCAGGCAACCGUACCUGAAAUGUCCAAAAUAGGAACAUCUGUGAUCCAGCUGACCGCCACAGAUGCGGACGACCCCACAUAUGGCAACAGUGCUCGCGUGGUCUACAGCAUCCUGGAGGGCCAGCCUUACUUCUCAGUGGACGCUAAGAGCGGCGUGGUCCGUGUGUCCCUGGCAGACAUGGACCGGGAGACCAGAGAAAACUACACUGUGGUCAUCCAGGCCAAGGACAUGGGCGGCCAGCUGGGGGGGCUUGCCGGCACCACCACCAUCAACAUCACGCUCAGCGACAUCAACGACAACCCGCCCAUGUUUGACCAGAGGUUGUAUCAGAUGAGCAUCCCAGAGUCUGCUCCAGUGGGUUCAGUGGUGGGUCGCAUCUGGGCGAAGGACAGGGACAUCGGGGUCAACGCUGAGAUGAAGUACAGUAUCAUUGAUGGAGAUGGAAGAGACACCUUUGACAUCAGCACUGACCCCACCAACCUUUUUGGCAUCAUCAUGGUGAAAAAGCCGCUGAACUUUGAGAACAAACCCAGUUACACUCUGAAGGUGGAGGGCGCCAACACCCACCUGGACCCGGCCUUCCGCCAACGCGUGCCCUUCAAGGACGUCACCAUCGUGCACGUAAGCGUGGAGGACGUGGACGAGCCGCCGCUGUUCGACUUGCCAGCGUACUACAUCGAGCUUCCGGAGGACGCAGAGAUCGGGACCUUGGUGAAGACUGUGUCGGCGAGGGAUCCUGAUGCCGCCAACAACACUGUGAGGUAUUCCAUCGAGAGUUCCAGCGACCCCGAGAAGUACUUCUACAUCGAGCCCACUUCCGGGUCGCUGAUGACGGUGCGUACGCUGGACCGAGAGGAGAUCGGCUGGCACAACAUCACUGUCCUUUCUAUGGAAAUGAAUAACCCAACACAGAUCUCAAGUGUGUCCUUGGCUGUGAAGGUCAUGGAUGUGAAUGAUAAUCCUCCCUUGCUGACACACUACUUGGAGGCUUAUGUGUGUGAAAACGCCAAAGCCGGGCAGUUGAUCCAGACAGUGACGGCGGUGGAUCCAGAUGAGCCGCUGGGUGGACAGCACUUCUACUACAGCUUGGCUCCAGAGGCCGCGAACAACCCCAACUUCACCCUGAGAGACAACCAAGACAACACAGCGUGGAUCCUGACUCGGCGUGGAGGCUGGACACAGCAGGACCAGACCGUGUUCUACUUGCCUAUCUUUAUCUCUGACGGCGAGCAGCCGGUCCAGACCAGCACCAGCACGCUGACCAUCCGAGUGUGCAGCUGCGACCAUGAGGGCAACGUCAUGUCAUGCAACGCCGAGGCCUACAGCCUGCCUGCCAGCCUCAGCAGAGGAGCCCUCAUCGCCAUCCUGGCCUGUAUCUUUGUCCUGCUGGUGAUGAUUCUGCUCAUGCUUUCCCUGCGGACUCAUCGUAAGAAGCCCUACCUGUGUGAUGAGGAGGAGAACGUCCAUGAGAACAUUGUGCGCUACGAUGAUGAAGGCGGUGGCGAGGAGGACACCGAGGCCUUCGACAUCGCCGCCAUGUGGAACCCACGUGAGGCGCACCACCACCUGGGUAAGAUGAGACAGGACAUGCUGCCAGAGAUUGAAAGCUUGUCGCGCUACGUCCCUCAAGCGUGCGUAAUGGGUGGCGGCGGGGACAGUAACGUUCACGGAUACGUGCUGGCGAAGCUCCUGGAGGCUGACAUGGACCCGUGCGCCCCGCCUUACGACUCCCUGCAGACCUACGCCUACGAGGGGGAAGGUUCGGUCGCUGAGUCGCUCAGCUCGCUCCAGUCAGGAACCUCCAACACCGACCACGAGUACGACUAUCUCAAUGAGUGGGGGCCUCGUUUCAAAAAGCUCGCUGAGAUGUACGGCGUGCUGGAGACAAACAGUGCUCCAAUGUGGUAGACCUCCUGAACCUUUGCCUUUUUAUUCUUAAACACACUACAGCAACAAAAAGAGAAAAAGAGAGACAAAAACACAUCAGAGAAGUGACAUAAACAGACAAACCGUGUGUGAGGAAGACACAGUAAAGCCAGGAUCUGCUUACGUCCACAUCCAUGACUGUUAGCACUUGAA